ACCAAAAUCGCCGGAAACCCAAGAAGAAAAAGGGGGUGGAACGGAUUGCAGCGAUGGGAGAAGCUUCAUCAGUCGAUGACGAUUUGCUACUCAAGAACUUCUACGCUGAAGUGAGCGAGGUUGAGCGCGAUAAUGAAGUCGCUAGGAUUCUUUCAUGCUUUAAGCUAAACGCAUUUGAGUAUCUUAAUCUGCCAUUCGAUUCAUCCCCGGAAGAUGUGAAGAAGCAAUAUCGUAAGUUAUCAUUGCUGGUCCAUCCUGACAAAUGCAAGCAUCCCCAGGCAAAGGAAGCUUUUUCUGCACUAGCAAAAGCCCAACAACUACUACUUGAUCCGCAGGAAAGAGAGUAUCUAGUAAACCAAAUCAAUGCAGCAAGAGAAGAACUUCGAGCAAAGAGGAAAAAGCAACUGAAGAAAGACACUGCAUCUAAGCUGAAGUCACUAGUUAAUGAGGGAAAAUAUGAGCAAGAGUACGAAAAGUCAGAGGAUUUUCAGCAUAAGCUAAAAUUGAAGGUCCGGGAACUACUAACCGACCAAGAGUGGCGGAGGAGGAAAAUGCAGAUGAGAAUUUCCGAGGAGGAAGGUAGAUUGAAGAAGGAUGAGGAAGAAUCCAAAGAGAUGUGGAAGCGAAAGCGUGAACAUGAAGAACAGUGGGAAGGGACAAGGGAAAAUAGGGUUUCUAGCUGGAGGGACUUCAUGAAAGGGGGAAAGAAGGUGAAGAAAGGUGAAAUUCGACCGCCAAAGCUUAAGACGGAAGAUCCCAAUAAGUCAUAUGUUCAAAGGCCCGUGAAACGAGGGUAGGAGUUUCCACAUUCUAUCUACUCAACUCAAGUAUGUAACUUAACAUUAAUUGAUGCAGUAGUUGGGACCUUGUAACUUCAGCUUAUAGGCCAGUAUAAGAGCACAUUGUAUAUUGCAUUUUAUGCCAUUCUCACCCGCAUUAAAGCUUUUAUCCUGUUUCUGACCAGAA